AAUACAAAAAAAAAAACUUGCGCCUUUCAGAGUCAAAUUCCCAAUUCAAAAAAAAAAAAAAAAAAAAAAGAGGCGGAAGGGAAAAAACAUGAGCCUCGAAUCGGUGAAGCAGUAUCUGGAAGGAGUGAAGAAUGAGGAGGAAAAGGAAUCGAAAGUGGCGAAUUUGCCACAGAGAUUCAUCGAGAGAUUCGUGACGAAAGGAAUUAAAGUAGAUCUCAUCGAACCAGGUCGAAUCAUCUGCUCCAUGAAAGUCCAACCUCACCUCCUGAACGCAGGCAAUUCCUUACACGGAGGAGCAACGGCGACUCUGGUUGACUUGAUAGGAUCGGCUGUGAUUUACACAACCGGACUUUCGAGCUCCGGAGUGUCGGUGGAGAUCAAUGUUUCUUACCUCGAUGCUGCUUUACUUGACGAAGAGAUAGAGAUUGAGUCAAAGGCUUUGCGUGUGGGUAAAGCUGUAGCAGUUGUGAGUGUUGAGCUGAGGAAUAAGAAGACUGGUAAGCUUAUUGCUCAAGGUCGCCAUACUAAGUACCUUGCUCCUCGUACCAAGCUUUGAUUCUUAUUCUUUACUAUGUUUUAUUACAAGAAGCUAUGUUGAAGAAGUUCAAAAUUAUUUGUAUUAUUGUAUAUCUAUACUUUAAACAUAAACGUUUGAUAUAAUCCGAAACUAUUAUCACCGGCUAA